AUGGCCGUAGACAAUUCAGAUAUAUCAGAUUACGAUGAUUCAAACAUAUCAAGUAAUGAGGCAGAAAAUGAUUUAAGUCUUCAGGAUAAAAAAACGGUGUGUAUUUACAAUUCUGUUGAAGAAGCUGAACAAUGCUUUCUAUCUGUUAAUGAGCCAACAAAAAUUUCAAAUAAAAGUGAUAUCUACAUAUGUGAUUCUGUUAAAGAAGCCAAUCAGUGUCUUUACAACUAUGAGAUAUAUAAUACCGUUCGCUUUGCUGCAUUCUCAACUCCAAAGGAUUUUGGUAGUACAGAUUUAUUUUCACACAAGCACAAAGUGUUAUGGGAGACAUCCCCAGAAUUUUUUAAUACACCUUACAUUGUUUUGUCAUCAAAAAGGUUCGAUUGUCAUCAUGGCAUUGAUCGGAAUUCUACUGCUAAACAAAAGUAUAUUGAUGCAAAAGAAAAUCAAAAAAAGUUUGAUCAUUGGUACAGAGGUGAAUAUGUGAUUAUUCAAGACAGCAAGAAGUUUGAAUGUCCUGCAAAAGUUAACAUGAAAGAGAUCGUAUAUUUUACUAGUUUAAAAGUUGUCAAUAUGACAAGUUAUUACAAAAACCAAGUAUCAAAAGAUAUUCGAAAUUCCUUGAUGAAGCAUAAUACUUUAGUAUUUUGCAGAAAAAUUAAAGUUGAAAUAGACUGCCUAUUAUGUCACAAAAAUCAUCCCCUUGGAAAAAGUGAACUACUGUCUCAGAAAAUUGACCACCGAUUGUCAACAAAGAUUUCUGAAUUUGUGAAACUAGGUGUUUCAAAUGUAUGUGAGAUAAAGAGGCUUUUAAAAAUUACGGUUAGCGAUAUGUUUGGAAAACAAAAUUUGCCUCCUUCUAACAACAGAAGGUUCUAUCCAAGAAAUAAUAUCAUUCGUACGCACAUAGUCAUUGAACGUCAAAAGCUUAGAUUCUCAAACAUUGAUCAAGACUGUUUAGAAAACAAAAUAAAUGAGUGGAAGAUUUCUGACGCUACUGUCAAAAUACAUUACCAUCCAAAAAGAAGUCAUAGUAAAGAUGAGCUCUUGUUUGUUUAUCAAUCUGGUUGGCAAAAAAAACUUCUAAAUAAAUAUGGUAAUGAAAUGGUGUUUUUAGAUGCAACUUACAAGACCACUAGAUACUCAUUACCAUUGUUUUUCUUAGUUGUUAAAACCAAUGUUAAUUUUCAAAUAGUUGCAACAUUUGUAUCUGAAAGUGAAACUUUUGAUACAAUAAAAAAAGCACUUUAUGUCAUCAAAUCUUGGAAUCUCGAUUUUCAACCCUUAUACUGUAUGACUGACUAUUGUAAUGAGGAAAUACGUGCUUUAGAAUCUGUUUUUAUUGGGUGUGAAGUAUUCAUCUGCGAUUUUCAUAGAGAACAGGCAUGGGAUCGUUGGAUAAAAAAGACUUCCAAUGGUUGUUUUAGUAAAAAGGAAGAUAUUUUAAAAUUGUUGAGAUGUAUAGCUUGGUCAAGAUCUUGUGAAGAAGAAGUAGAUGCUAUAAAAGCAUUAGUGCUUUCUGAAUUUUGGUGUCAAGAUGGUUUUUCUAAAUUUAAACAUUAUGUUGAAAUGUAUUGGAUGCCUAUAAAAAAGAGAUGGAUAUGGUGGUAUAGACAAAAUCGUCUUUUAAUUAAUUGCAACACAAACAAUGGUGUUGAAAGACAAAAUGAGUCAUUUAAGUAUUCCUAUUUAAAGAAAUAUAACGACUCAUCUUUGACAGGCAUGUUAACAUUAUUAAUUGAAGAAUUCUUCACUGAUAAGCUAGAAAGCUACACUGAUGCCAACUUCAAAAUGGAUGCAAGAUACAGGAGAUAUGGUUGUUGGGUGCCAAAAUAUCUAUAUAAUCGCCCUCGCAGUUUUGUUAAGCAUUGCUUGUUGCGAAAAUCUACUGCUGAAUACAUGGAUUUAAACACAGUUGUAAUGAUUAAACAUGGUAUCUUUACUGUAUCUAGUACCAUUGAUUCUUCUACAAAAUACUUUGUGCACUUUGGUAAUGAAAAUAUUAUGCCAAAAUGUACUUGUUAUGAUUGGAUGUCAACAGGCUAUCCGUGCAAACAUUUUUUUGCUGUAUUUAAAAAGUAUCCUGCUUGGUCAUGGAAUACGUUAUCAAAACUUUAUGUAAACUCUCCAUUCUUAAAUUUAGAUGCAGAUAACUAUGAUAAAUUGCAUGAAAAAACGCCUUUUAAUUUUUCAAAGUCGCUUUCACCUUUAAAAGAAUCAUCUUUGUCUUUAAAAGAAGAUACAACUGUCAAAGAUCAGAAUGACCUUUGUAAAAAACAUAUUCCCAUUUAUUCUGGUGUCGAUGUUAGAGAAAUGCUUGAUACUAUAAAGAACUUAUCAUUUGAAUUUGAGGCAAACUCUGAUGAAAUUGUGAUGUUACACAAAACUCUUUCUAAUCUAAUAGACAAACUAAACAAUGGAAGAGUAAGAGAAUCAGGGGUUCCUGUCACUCAAACAAAUAAUAAAUUAAGCAAAAAACACAUUUCUAUUCCUGUACGGAAACCAAUAAAAGCUCAAACGAAGCGUGUUGGAUCAAAGAAAGAAAAAGCAUUUAAUGCUUCUAAAGUGUUUAUAGUAGAAGACUUAGUUGAUUCGAUUGAACAAAAAGUUGUUGAUGAUCCUGUAAAUGAAGAAAGGUUUAAUGUUGACCAGGAGGUAAUAGUUUCACAUAACAAUGAUGAACCUUUAAUAGAAAAACUGGUUUUCUUUCCCAAGACAAAACUCUCAUCAGAUGAUAUGAAUGAUAUUAAAACCUAUCAGAUGUUGUCAGACAAUGUCAUCCAUUCAGUACAAAAAAUGAUAACUGGUGUUUCGGGUCUGCAGGAUCCAGUUUUAGGGCAAAAUUUGUCAUUUUGUGUGGUAAAGGACUCCUUUGUACAGGUAUUGCAUGAUGGUGAUGUACACUGGCUGACAAUAAGCACUUUUGGUUGCUCUGAAGGUGAGGUAUUUUUGUUAGACAGCAUGUUUAAGGGCAAAAUAAAGAAUUAUGUUGUCAGACAAAUUUGUGCAAUAAUGCAGUGCACCAAAGACAGUUUGAAAGUACGAGUUUUACCUGUUCAACAACAAACAAAUGGUGUAGACUGUGGUUUGUUUGCAUUGGCAUUUGCACAGCACAUUGCUUGUACCGGCUCAAAUCCAUGCUACGUUUCCUUUGAAAUUGAUGAAAUGAGAAAUCAUUUAUAUAAAAGUAUUAUAGAAAACCACCUAAAUGAGUUUCCAAAGACUGGAAAAUUAACUAGGUUUUGCAAAGAAAAAGAAUUUAAUUUUACUCUUUAUUGCAUAUGUCGGCAAAUUUGGAUGGCUUCUGAUAAAGUUGUCAAAGAUAAGCAUAUGGUGCAAUGUGAAAAAUGGGAAUGUUGGUUUCACCGUGUUUGUGAACGCAUACCUGAUUUUAUUUUAGAAAGUGAGAGUGUUGAAUGGUUUUGUUCGCAAUGCACAAUAACUUUACCAUGAAGUACUUUAACUUAAAAGAGAUUUUAACUUAAA